AAUUAUAAGUUAAUAUUCACUUUUUCUCUCUCUAUAUAUAGAGACACUGGCAGGUGUACACUCCUACAUCAAAUACCUGCAUAGAUUGUUGAUUUUGGGCUCUGCAAAUACUUAAAUGGAAUUCUAAGAGCUUUCAAUUUCAGUCAGAACUUUUCUCUGCACAGUAAAACAUAAAUGUCAGAUUGAAGGUUACUAAAUAUUUGGGAGAGAGUCAAUGAUAAUGCCUACUCUAGCUAAAAAUGAUGACCGGCAUCUAGAAACAGCAGUAUGCAACAUCUCAUCGUCAACAACCUACAUUCAGCCUUGGUGGCGGGUUUUUGGAAACAGUAGCAUGCCUCCUUCAGGGGAACAAGCCAAUGGUGAUGUUGCCUCUAAAGGAAAUGAAACCAAUGUGGCUUCGCAAUCUGGUUUAUACAUGAAAGACCCAUUUUUGGUUCUCUCAUUGGCUCUCUGUCUCUUAUGCCCAGUGGGUCUUCUUUCACUAGAAGGACUAAAUGGAACUAAUGGGCAAAAGGAGCAGCAUCCUGAUAUCAAUUCUCAAAUGGAACUUGUUGGCCAUUCAAUUAUGUUGACAUCAAAUCCAUAUACAGAUCCACAAUAUGGGGGAGUAAUGUCUUAUGGGGCAAUGGGACAUCCACACUUACUUGGGUAUCAUCCAGGAAGAAUGCCUCUGCCUCUAGAAAUGGAAGAAGAACCUGUCUUUGUGAAUGCAAAACAGUAUCAUGGUAUCUUAAGACGAAGACAAAUUAGAGCAAAAGCUGAACUGGAAAAGAAAGCAGUAAAAUUCAGGAAGCCUUAUCUUCAUGAAUCUCGGCACCAGCAUGCUAUGAAAAGAGCAAGGGGCUCAGGUGGCCGUUUCCUCAACACAAAAAGGCUCAACGAACAGGAGAAAAAUUCCACUGCCGAGGAGCAGCCAAAAUUUGGCACAAUUGCUUCCACACCAUCUGGUAACUCAACUGGUUCCACUAUGGUUCCAGACAUGCAUAAAGAGCCGUCUCUCUCAAAUGGAAACAGCAAUGGCUAUAGACUGUCGUCAUUCCAUUACAAACAGUUGUCUCAGAGCGAACAGGGAAGAGGACAUUUUGGUCAGGACAACUGGUGCUCCCUGGAGGAACAGUCUUCACAGAGGGCUGACCCCAGCAAAUGAGAAGCUGCCCCUUUGUAAUGGCAGAUGGGUCUUUCCAGCAUUGCUUCACCUUGGAGAUCGCUGCACGUGCUCUAUAUAGGGUUCAAAGAUGUCCGGGCACAGGCAAAGGCUGGUUUUUAACUCAUCUGAAGUACUGAAUUGGGGUAACUUCCCUGUGGUUUUGCUGCUGUCAGGCAAUUCAUUCUUGGCUUGUUUACUUGUAUCUUCGCUAAAUAUAGAAAAUGUAUGAUCCGAUAAUAGGAAUCAGUAGUUGAACUAAUCACUGAACUUUAGCUGUGUGUAUCCUCGUGUUUGAGAGUCAAAGGCACAACAAUGUACUACUUCACCCUGAUGUGCUUUUGUGCUAUAAGUUAGUUUAAUGGUUCAGUUUUUCAAAGUCCAAAAAAUCUUGUCAGUGUUUAAAUUAAAAGUCUCAAUCUUUUUCCUGGCUAAA